UUUGUGCACAAUCGAUAGCAUUUCAUUUCUGUCCAUUUCUGUCAUUCUCUCAAACGGAUAAUGGCAGCGACGGCGAUUGAUAUGAUGUUGCAAAGCAUUAGUCUUCAGUCAAAAAAUAAAGAGGAUGCAGAGAAUAAAGACAAUUUGUGGUCCUCUAUUUUAGCCGAAGUACAAAAUAGUGGCAACAACAAGUUACCUUCAAAUAAGAAUAUACUCGUUUUAGGUGAUAAUGAAAGUGGAAAGACAACACUCAUUGCUAAAUUGCAAGGUGUUGAAGAUCCAAAAAAAGGGUCUGGUUUAGAAUUUGCAUAUAUUGAUGUGAGAGAUGAUUAUAGAGAUGACCAAACUAGAUUAUCUGUAUGGGUAUUGGAUGGGGAUCCUGGUCAUGCAAAUCUUUUGAGAUUUGCUUUAAAUGGAGAAAGGUUUCCACAUACGCUUGUUAUGUUAGUAGCUGCAAUGACUACCCCAUGGGAUAUUCUUAAUCAACUUCAAUCUUGGGCUGCCCUUUUGGGAGAUCAUAUUGAUAAAUUAUCAUUAGAUAAUGAUACUAGACAACGAUGUAGGCAGCUAAAUGUCAAAAAAUGGCAAGAUUACACAGAGCCUGGAGACGAGUUAGAUCCCGGUAGUCCCUUACGACGCACUAGUCGUAAUCUUGAUGAUGAAACAAUUGAUAAUUUACCAUUACCAGAAGGAGUACUUACAACAAAUUUAGGCCUAGAUGUUGUUGUUGUUAUUACAAAAACCGAUUAUAUGUCCACUCUUGAAAAAGAACACGACUACAAAGAUGAACAUUUUGAUUUUAUGCAACAGUGGAUAAGGCGAUUCUGUUUGCAAUAUGGUGCAGGGUUAUUCUAUACAUCGGCAAAAGAAGACAAAAACUGUGAUCUGCUUUAUAAAUAUCUUACGCAUAGAAUUUAUUCAUUGCCGUUUAGAACGCCUGCUUUAGUUGUUGAAAAAGACGCAGUACUUAUACCUGCUGGUUGGGAUAAUAUGAAAAAGAUCAGUAUUCUCCAUGAAAAUUUACAGUCAAUGAAACCGGAUGAUUAUUAUCGUGACGUUAUUGCACAACCACCAACUAAUAGAAAAUGUGUGACCAGGGAAGUAGAAGUACAGGCUGAAGAGGAGCAAGCCUUCUUAGCGAAACAACAAGCUGCAUUAUUUGGUUUAAAAGAUCCAACACGUUCGCCAACACUCAGGAACCAGGCAAGCAACGACCUAGUUAUUCAGGUGGCUUCACAAAAUAAGAAAUUGGAUCCUAAAGCUGCUGGGAAUGCGCAAUCCGGGGAAGGUGUUUUAGCUAACUUUUUUAAUUCCCUUCUCCAUAAAAAGACCGGAUCGCCUGGACCACCGGGUAGUGUAGGCACAAGUCCAAUAAAAAUUGAUAGCCCACCAGUAGACAAAGCGGCCAUGUGUAAUGAUGCUGCGGCGGAAUUAGAUCGUUUGAUUAAAGCAAAGAAAAUCUCACCUCCCAAUUUAAAUUCCUCGUCUGAAUGUUGAAUAAACUGUAUUUUCUUUGCGACCCAUUCAUUGAAUUACAAACCAUUUAUAUUGGUAAAUUCUCGAAGACAUCUAAGUACACAUUUAUGGUAUUCUAAAUGACUGCACUAAUGAUAUCGAGCAUUGUCAUUUGUAUUUAUCAAACGCAUUUGAUGCACAUAGAAAUUCCUAAUAGCUUAUUUUUAAUAAUUUACCAUGUAUUGUGAUUUAACGAAUAGUUUCAUAUUUAUUAAUUUAAAACAAUUUUUUCAUAAAAAAAACAAAGUUUAAUUAUUAGUUUGUACAUACAUUGUGCAAAGCACAAAUACUUAAUUGCAUUUUAUAAAAGAAAGAGAUAACAUGAUGUUAGAAUUUGAUGAAUUUGUUAUAGUAUACUUACUAAUUUAUGAAGUGAAGCACAAUCAAGUGAAAAUUUAUAAAAUAAUUAUUUUUUGUCAAUUUUUAAUGUUCUUUUAAUAGUGGGAUCACCAUAGUAGAAUGAAUUGUCCUGUAUUAUUUGAAUAAUAUUUUUAGUAUACUUUAUUUAAACGACUAAAUGUAAUUAAAAAUUGACGUGGGUCGCAACGAAUUAACAUUUAAUUCAUCAAGGACAUUAUAAUUUAAUUAAAAAAUAAAUAAAAAACAAAGGAACAGUACAUAAGUAUAUUGUCACACUUACUAACAGACUUAUUUGUUGCGCUUGAUUAAAUGCGAAUAUUGAUGCAAAAUAAGAAUUAGGGAAUUAUUAAAUUAAUAUAAUUAUAUAUUUAACAUAGUAGUACAUUCUAAUUAUGCUUACGCACAUGUCCUUAUACCUUGUUAUAAUUAAUUAUUUAAUGAUUGUCCAUUGAAGAUGAGAGAAUCUUUUGUGGUAUUCUUAAAACAACUCGUACUUCCGUUUCCUUUAAUAAAAAUAUAUCCUUAUUUAUGUAAUAUCAUUCUCGUUGACAUAACUCGGCUAAUGAAUCUUCUCUUAUAUUCGGUCUAAUUUAUAAAGUGCCGUUAUUAUCGUAAACGAAUUGUAUGAAUACGAAUAGAAUUUUAUACGAGUUAUCGUUAGAUUUGUGCGUAGUUUCUUUACCAAAGAUGCAGAACCUAUCUUUGGCUUCAAGAAUAUAACGCGAUAUAAAAUUGGCGUGCAUGUUUAUGAAGUGAGUGAAAGUGUAACAUGUUGUAACUUCUUUAUCAACUUCUAAAAGAAUUUUAUGUAAAGGGAAAGAAUUUGUAAUUUAGUUAUAUGUCGCUUUCUGUAUAUGAAGUAAUUUAAAUUCUUGAUUAAAAAUGAAUAAUUUUUCAUAAAUU